AUGAGGGACGGAGAAGACGGCGAGGCGUCGCCGGAACGCGUUGACGACACAGACGGAAGCGCGGCGGAAGACGGCGCAGGCUUAGGAGACCCUGUUUCCGAAAAGAGACGUUCAGCGGCCGAAAGACGGGGAAGUCCGCAAAAGAAAGUCAAGACGAAGGCGAACGGCCGAGGAGACAUUGGAAAAGAACAGCGUAGGCGACGCGGGCAGCCGGAGCUCCGACCCGUCUCGGAGGGCAAGAAGGUUCCGGAAGACCUGACAUUGACAGUCCAGGAAAGCUUGAGAAAGUACCGGGUGGAGCGACAACUGUUCAGCGAGCUGCAAGAGCUGAAACGACAUCAGAUCCGCAGCGGGCGGACACACGAGAACGUGCUGGUGAAACGGCUCGUGGAUCGCUUCCGGGAGCUCGUCUUGGCUCCGGGCAUGCGGGAUUUCACGGGACCGUACACCUUCCGCCAUUACGAGCGGUACCUCUAUGGACAACUGAGGGACCUGUCAACGUCAAAUGAUGGCAAGGUACCACCGAAGUACAGGAAGAGGGACGACGACGAGGAGGACGAGUACCACGAGUCGGGAGCCGUAUCGGAUGGCCCGCUGGAAUGCGUCAGCCGGGCGUACGGGCGGAGCCAGCCGGCCGCGGAUGACCGCAGCGUCGGAACAGGAACCAGCGCGAAGGACGUCGGUGGACGCGGCGACCAGACCGAAGUCAGCGGAACAGCAAACAUGGUCACGGCAACAGUAACCGAACAAGGAGAUGCCGUCCCUCUAACGAGCGUAUUCACGGUGGUCAGGGGUGCUCCGCCGCUGCCCUCUGCCGCCCGCAGCACGGGCUACGGCCACGUCCGGUCGAGAGUGUUCCCUCAGAGGCCCGCCGAGAAGGUUCAGCUCGCCGAGUCAACAGUGAGCAGGUCGUCAAAGAGGACCGUCAGGACAAAGAAGGAGGCAUCGACGAGCACGACGGAAGUGGCGAGCAACCAGGCGUCCCGGCUGAGGGUGGAAAAGAUUCGAAAGCAGAGAGAGGAAGAGGAGCGUCUGAGGAGGAGGAGAGAAGAGAUUGCGUCUAAGGUCAUGGCGACGGAAGUGACGUCGAGACUGCACGGUUCAGUGCAGAACCUGCGCAGGAUUUCCGAAGAGGAGUCUCUGGAGAGGGCGGCCGCAACGGACGGGGCUCUUUCGGAACAGGAAGCAAGCGACGCGGCUUUGACGACGCCCAAGCGAAGCUCGGCGCUCUUGCCGUUCUGGGUGCCGCACGAAUCCAAGCGUACCGACAUGGUGGCCAUAGACGACCACGAGAAGCAGCAGCUCCGUUCGAGCGUACGCGAAUCGCUCGGCGAGCAACAGGCCGUGCGAUUCAAGGACUGGAUCAAGGCUCGCCAACAAGGAAGCAGCGCCACGUCGGCCGAGCGUGCCUCUGUCGUGAAGGCGGAUGCGGCCACAGAGGCCCUAGCCCGCGAAGUGCGGCUACGCGAGGGCGACUCGAGCGAGACGGACUCGGGUCACGAGGGCGACGGCAUCCUGCCGGACGACCGGAGGGUCGACGAGGUGGUCCUCCUCGAGAGAGUGAGCCGGAGCUUGCGCAAGAACGUGCUCCCGCAAGAUGUGGUCACCAUGCGACUCAAGCCCUCGCCGCCGACGGCCACUGCUGUCGCCACCGCCGACGAGAUCGAGGCCAUCACUCGCACCGUGCGCAUGAGCGAAUUCCUGGAGGCCGCCCGGAGAGACAUCGUGGUCAACUGCGUCCAGCUCAGGCCGGACAACGUGUCCGAGGGUUCUUCCUCGCUGGAGGAAGUGCCCCCGAGUCCGGCGGCGAGCAGUGGUGACGGCGGCAGCGUGAGCGAUGGCGUCGACGACGACGACGGGGUGCUCGAGUUUGAAAUUCGCCACGGUCGCUGA